AUGACUGAAGCGUGGCCUGUGGAGAUCGAGGUGCGCCUAUUUAGCCUAGUAUGCGACUUCAAACCAGCUGGGGAAAAGAAGGACGAACACAUGGCUCAAAUUGUGGAGAACAUCAACAAAGAUAUACCUGAAGACAGCCGCUAUAGCUCUGACCAAGUGUGGGAGAAGCUAGGCAGUUUCUACAAUUUGGCGCAAGUGGAGGCCAUAGAAAACGAGACGGAGAAAAACGAAGACGAGGAGGAGCCAGAAAAACCAGCCAAACCUGAGAGAAAGACGCGAAGAGGAAGAGAAGAAACUAAAGAGCCCAACGAUCCAGGUAUAUACUCGCUGGAGCUUAGCGACGUCGAGGCCGAAAUGCCCGAGGAUGACGAUAUAUUGAAGGUCAGAACAAAGUCCAGAACGAGGAAGCGGACGCCCAAGCGUGAGGACCCAAAGAAGGAGAAGAAGGACGAUGAGAAGAAGGAGGAGAAGAAAGAAGAGAAGAAGGAAGAGAAGGUGGAAGAACCUCCGCUGAGAAAACGUACGAGAUCCAAUGCCAAAAUAGAAGAUGCUCCAGCGCCAAAGAGACGGUCGAGAGCCAAUACGCCGCCGGUAAAACGCAGAAUGCGUUCUGGAAAGGACGACGACGACACGAAGGAGGACGAAAAGGAUACACAAGACGAAAAGGAUGAGAAGAAGGACGACAAGAAGGAAGACAAGAAGGAGAAGAAGGACGAUAAGCAAGAGGAGAAGCAGGAGGAAGCAAAGGCUGAAGAGCCGGAGGAGCCCAAGAAGAGAACCCGUACAGCCGUUCGCCGUUCCACGAGAAGGAAGUGA